ACGCGUACGUCAUGAAUUCAUGAAUUGAAUGCGAACAACAACAAUCAAAAGAUGCAAAUCAUCUCUGAAUCUACUUUUGUGAAGUGCCACAAGAAUCAUGGCCCUUGAGCCCAGCUCUGGCCGUAAGUCGGUAUCUCCUGCGAGCUCAGGAAGAGCAUCACCGGUUUCAAGGAAAUGGAGGAACCAGUUAGGUGGAGGUAGAGCUCUCAUCUCUUAUAUUUUACAUGGCAGAGCUGACUAUUUAGCAGAUGAACCUCCGAAUAAAGAUAAAGCAUUCCGCAGAUAUGCAUCUGGUGUCGAUCGCUCACUCUCGCUAUUUGACACAGCCUUACAGGAAUGGGCGGAUUAUAUUUCUUUUUUGGGGAGGCUAUUGAAGGUGUGUGGUCUUAAGAAUGUGAAUAAAAGGAAUAUACUGAGACAAUAAUUAUAGUCGUUACAAGCACAUCCUGCCAAUAUAGCUGCUGUCCCGUCUAAAGCAAUUGUCGCAAAACGUCUUGCUCAGUGUUUAAAUCCUUCACUACCUUCAGGUGUACACCAAAAAGCUCUUGAAGUUUACGGAUAUAUAUUUUCAAUGGUAGGAACAGAUGAAUUGUCUAAAGAUCUACCCCUUUAUCUACCGGGGUUAUCGACCACUUUGUCAUUUGCAUCCCUUUCUGUGAGAGGGCCAUUUCUUGAACUUCUAGAAAAGCAUAUACUCAGGGUUGAUGGACGAUCACUACGGCCAGCUUUAAAAGCGAUUAUACUUGCUUUAUUGCCUGGUCUUGAGGAGGAAAAUAGUGACGAGUUUGAACGCACAUUGAAGUUACUUGAUGGUUUCAAACAUGCUGUCAGACCUUCUGGCACUGAAGAUUUGGGGCAAAAUCACAGUAGUGGGGACGAAUAUUUCUGGCAAUGCUUCUUCCUCGCUGCAAUAACGAGUAAUGGUCGUCGAUUGGGAGCAUUGGCCUAUCUCAAUCGCAAUCUUCCGACACUCGGACAUUCGCCUUCCGAGCAAAGCACUUCAUCAUCCAAUGGGCCUCAUAAUGAUGUGGCUACGAAUCAAUCUCAAUUGGCUGAAAUUGUUACUUCUCCCGAGCCUGGCUUGCUUUUACGAUGUUUUGCGGCUGGCUUAGCUGACGAGCAAAUCCUAAUUCAGCGUGGAUUUUUAGAUCUCCUUGUCACUCAUUUACCUCUACAUUCGAAUGUUUUACAACAGCGAGUGAAAUCAGAAGACCUCGAGCUCCUUGUCACCGCCGCGGCAGGGGUUGUAACUCGACGUGAUAUGAGCUUAAAUCGACGUCUAUGGACGUGGCUUUUAGGACCUGAGCCAGCUGGUCAUGACAACGAGAAUGGUCCAGAAUCCCCAACAUCGCUUACUGGGGAUCAUCUUGGGUCACAUGCUUCUUCAAGGACACAAUACUUCGAGAACUAUGGUCUUCAUCCACUUACGCAAGCUCUACUUAAAUUAAUAGGACGGGAAGCUGUCAACCCUAUUGAAAAAGCCCGACCGUUCCGAAUAUGUCUUUCUUUAAUGGACCGAUGGGAGAUUGGUGGACUUGUCGUUCCGGACAUAUUCCUAUCUGUUGUCACUAGCGUCAGAGGGUACAAGAGUAAGGCAGCGAACAAAGCCGACUUUGCCGAAGUUCUUCGAAGUGCUAGCGUCUUUUUUGACGGGGUCGAAAGCGGUCUGAUUUGGGGUGAAAUUGUCGGACUGAUUGCACAAGCGUUGGCUCCUGGAAAGCUAUCAACCGAGGAGCAGAUUGAUAAAUUGUCCCUCGUUACCUUUAUAAUCAACCACUUCAAUGUACGGGAAGAAGAAAUGCUGCUGAUACACGCUCCAUUAGCAACCUUGACAAUAUUAAGUAUGCUGGAAGAUGCUAAGGAAAGGACACAGGAGCGCGCAGAAAAGGCGGGCGUCGCAAGUGAAGUUGAGAAAUUAGCGUUAAAUCUUGUUAUGGAUUUAAGCGAUCUUAUUCCAGAACGGGCCUUUCAACUGCGGCCUCCCACUGGCCAGUCAAUGGCCAAACAUGAUGACGACGAAUUCAGACACCUCUCGAAUACCGAAAUAAUACGUAAUAUGAAAACAUUCUAUGUUGAAGAGCAAGGGAAUUUAGAUGCAUUUCCCCCACCAUUCUCAACUCGUGAUCUAAGCGAAUUGCUAGUUCGCGAAAGUGGUAGCAUAGCUAACCAGAGUUUGUCAAGUUCAGUGUCAAGUGCUGAUGCUGGUGUUAAGACCAGGCUCCUUAUCAUGCUACUCGCUAAAGUACCCAAGGUUAGGAGCCUUGAUGUCUCAGGACUGCUAAAGUCUAUGCAAAGCAAAUUGAGCAUACCAUCUCAACUUCCGUUUCUUGCAUUUACGUCUAUCAUGUCUCUUUGCACGAGUCUUUACUCAAAUCAUUACAUCUCAUUGCCACAGCUAUCCAGUCUAGUAGAUCCCCUAGUUCGCUUAGCUUGGUCAUAUCUUUCUGCUACUCAUCCAAAAUACCACGUGGAGACUGUUCGAAGUCUUUGGCAACUACAAACAACUCUCACACUUGAUAACCACGAUAUUGAAGCUUCGAUAUGUAAUUUAAUGAUAGAGCAUGAUCUGAAUGGCACAUAUGCAUCUCGGGAUGCUGAUCAUGGGCGGAGCUUUAGCAUUCUGUGGACCCAUUCUCUACAAGAUAAUGCCGGUCAUCUUGACCGUAGAAGCUCGAACAAUGACAUCAAAAAUACACCUCGACUUUCUGGUAUUGGCAAUUAUGAAGUUAUGCUUGCGAGGCCUCUCUUCCUUUUACUUGAUGCACUCGUUGAUGAACGGACGCAACUUUUCAUGACAGUUAGGAUUUGGCUGCAAAGUCUCGUUGGUAUUGACAGGUAUGUAUGGUUUGAUACAAAAUAGAAAUCUUGCUGACUGUAGCUUAGGCUAUUUCAUAUUUUUGUCGCAAAGUUCUCGAGCUAUAGUUUUCUUUACACAAAUUUUGAAGAUGCUGGGACCACGGCACAUCACAACAUGCGUAUCUAUACAGAUGAAGAUGACCUAGAUCAAUGUCUGUAUCAUCUCCAAACACUGUCUAAUGUAUUGCGAUGGUCUUCGGAUACUACGUGGGCAGCACUUGCUCAUAAUAGCAUUUCUACAGACAGAUCUCAUCGCUCUCUAUUUCAAAUCAGUAAGUUUUGUUCACUAUUUAAUGGUCCUGUGCUAACAAAAUUAUAGCUGGUCGGGAUGAAGAAAUUACGCUCUUGGAAUUCUUUCUAUAUGUGUGCUUGCAAGCAAUAUCGGGGACCUAUGAACCGGAGAACUCGGAACGAAAACCACAUAUCCAUCAGUUCCACCGUACUGCUCUAACUCUCCUACAUCAAAUCUUAUUGAGCCCAUACUCUUUAUCAUUAGGCGAGCUGCAGUUGGAGCAUGUUUUGAUCCAGAGACUAAGCCACUCUUUAACUGGAGCCGAUCCCUUCAUUCAGGUUCUGCUCCUCGAUGUGGUCUAUGCUGCUUUAAAGAUCCGACCCAUUAUCAACCCUCCACCACCAUCCCCUACUCUCAAAAAGCGCUCUACCACUAUGACCUCCACUAUGACUCAACAUGACAACGCGUCCGUUUCUUCCCUCGGAAUUGACCAGGGCGAACACACAGGACCCUUCUUACCUCCUCCGCCACCGUCACUGGUGAAGUGCUUGCAGGCCGGGUUUGAGGCCACUUCGAGUAGGCCGGUUCUGGAUAGUUGGGUCAGCUUUUUGACGGAAUGUCUACCAUUCUAUUCCGAAACAAUUUUCCAAAUCCUUAUACCACUAGUCGGAACUCUUUGCGCACAGAUUGAACUAACUUUUACCAAUUUACAAACCACAUUUAAGGAGCCAGGUAUGGCGUCUGAGGGUUUUGCGGCACCUGAAUCCACGUUGAUAUCUCUCCUCAACGGACUUGAGUUCGUGCUCGCGAAGGGGCAUGACCGAUUACUGAAAGAUGAGACGAAGGCACCUAUUGCUAAAAGUCCCGACCAACCACAAGGAUUUUUUGGAAACAUGGUCUCUGGUGUCUUCAACUCGGAGACACCACAAGCAAGAAGCAUAACUGCCAAUAACCGGCUGACUGUACUGCUCUCAUUCCAAGAUGCUGUUCGAAUUUGCUUCCUCAUUUGGUCUUGGGGUGGCCAAGAUGGAGCUCAGGAUAGUGAAUCCACUGCCUCCUUCAAUUACACCUCUCUGCGCAUGCGGAACCGGGCCCGAAGACUUCUUGAACAUCUUUUCACAGCUGAGGCAUUAGAAUGCUUGGAGACUUUGGUUCAAAUUGGGAAAAAGUCUUCCAAUGAUAACGACCCACGACCUAUUAUUAUCUUCAAUCUUCUUCAUGUUCUUGACGGCUCAAGACCAAAACAUACAAUUCCUGCAAUUUUCAAUGCUAUUUAUAGUCGGACGAACCCAAAUGCCCUGGAUCCAUCAAGGAAGUCGACUUUGACAUCCCCGUUGAGCGAUACAGACUUGGUGACAUUUUUAGUGGAAUAUGCAAGAUCGUUAGAGGAUGAUGCCAUGGAUGAAAUUUGGGUGGAUUGUAUGACUUUCCUGAAAGAUCUAUUGGCAAAUCCAUUUCCACAUCGACAAACGCUCCCUAGUCUCCUGGAAUUUGCCGCUAUUUUAGGUGUGAAGGUUGACAAUACCAAUUUUGGAGAGCAGCGUCGAAUGCGAAGAGAAUUGGGGGUGAGUAUGAAUCAAUUAUUGAUGAGAUAAGAACUAACUUGAGCCAGGAUCUAUUCCUCCGACUACUUACUGCAAUGUUCACUACUAGACCUAUGGGAUUCUCUGAAAGUGUAGAGAAGCUGACAGAAUUCGAUCAGCGGUCUUCUUCAUCUCGUUCUUCAACAAGGUCCGAUGAUGUCGUUAGGAUUCUAGCAUCUAUUGCGCCAAAUCUACCUAAAGUGCUUGUCGAAAAUGAUCGAAUACUGAAUGCGGCGAAUACCAUCUCAUCGAGUGUCAUUGGACCAACAUUUAAGUCCAGAUCCUUUCCAGAUAAUGUUUCUAAGAGUACUUUAGAACUACUAUAUCAGCUCUCCAGGCUUCCUAACACGCAAAAAUCAUGGCGAAAGGAUCUUGGUGACGCAUUCAACGAUUCUCGCUUCUUCGCAAAUAACAUCAAUCUCGUUGAAAGUGAUUGGCUGCCAUUACUCAGGCAAUGGACCUUGAGCGACAAAGAACGAAUGCCAGAAUUUUUAUCACGACUAGUCGCUCCUUCUACAGCUGGUAUUGUUUUUGGUGUAGGAGCAACCUCAGCGCGCUUUGAGGCCGACAGAAAAUCACAACUCAAUCUCCGCCGAAUAGCUACCCUAGUUCUAGCCACCAUGGAUGAUAAUUUCGUGACUGACCUUCCUCUUAUUCAGGAGAAGAUUGUUGAACUACUUUCCGCAACUACAACAUCCUCUCCUUCCUCAACUACUCGCGCAGAUAUCUAUCUCCUUCUCCGCGCUCUCGUUCUCAAGACCUCGGCUAUUCAUCUCGCAACGCUCUGGCCCAUAAUUAACGCCGAACUUCACGUUGCCAUUUCAUCGGUUGUAGCACCUGAUCAUAGUACUCCUUCUGACACUUAUAAUAAUUACUCUAUCCUCCAAGCAUGUAAGCUGCUGGACACUCUACUCUGUAUUGCACCCGACGAUUUUCAAUUACACGAAUGGCUUUUCAUAACGGACACUAUUGAUGCCGUCUAUCGUCCCUCUUCAUUCCGACCCGUUUCUUUAGUCGAUGAAUUGAGCGAAGAAUUGGGUUUAGCGGCAACCACCAAUACAACUGCAUUACAAGAAUCCUCUUCAGUUGCAGUUUCACAAGCAGGCAAAUAUUCGAUGAGGAGGCCUCUAUUGGGGAGAAUGAAAGGUGGAUAUGGAAUUAAUGACGAGGGAACUUGGGAGAGGAAAGAUGAGUUGGUGGCGAAGGUUUUGAGACCAUUCUUCAGUCAAUUGAGCAUAUUCGCUUUUGAAAGUACGUAUGGUAUGGGAGCAACGGAUUGGGAGGCUUGUAGGCAGGGGUUACUGAGAGAUCUUUUUGAUGAGAGGACUAUUGUUAAGGCGUUGUGAUAACUGAUGGGGAUGAGAGGAGGUCUGAUCAAUUCGUGUGACAAGAGGAAACUAGGUCAUAGAAGGGGGCAAGGCUAGAGAAAAUGUUUGAUAGAUGAGUAUGCUAGAUGAGAAUUGUGAAGGGUUGCGUCACAUCUAGUGGCGUUCAGAGUUGUUUGUUUAUUGGGAAAAAGACGGGUUUAUGAUAUGAAUUGAUGAGUGGGUUGAUGGUGGUUUUUGAUUCAAACAGCUAUGCGAGAUGCAAGGAAAGAAAAAAUACAAAACAAUUUCCACAUAUUCAUGUUCUAUUAUAAUUCCAAGCUAUAGUAUAAUUACAUGCUAGAGCAGAUAUCGAAAAAGUGGAGCCAGAUGUUUGAUAAUAUACAAUACCAGAAUCUAAU